AUGUUAUAUGAGCUGAUUGCCAUCGUCCGUCCGGGCAGCCUCAACGAGGUUCGCGAAAUUGCCCGCAAUGCCGGAAUUCAGGUCAUCCGCUCCGGCGGUGUUGUCCGCGGUUAUACCAACUGGGGCACUUUCCGUCUACCCAAGGUCACCACCAAGCACCAGGCACGAUACAGCGAAGGACACCACUUCAUCAUGCGUUUUGACUCCUCCGGUCCUGUCCAAGCAUCCGUUCGUCGUACCCUUGGUCUCGAUCCCCGCAUGAUCAACUUCUCCGUCGUCAAGUUGGGGGAUAAGCUCGAAGAGAUCAAGGACGUCGAGGGCAAGGUCGAAUGGAACAAGACCCGCAGCAUCACCGAUUCUAUUUAA